CAUAUACGUCUGACAGCUGUCCAUCGACAGAAACUGCUAGUUGGGUAGCAAACAGCUGUCAGUGAGAAUAAACGGCACUCUGUGUCUGAACUACGAACGAAACACAUGUGUCUUCCUUCCACGAGUUAUAACAAUUGGCGACGAGUGACAAAUUCUGAGAACCCUGGAACGCUAGCGCUACGCAGUUAAAGAAAAGCUGAAACAAUCGGGUAUAAGUGGAGACAGUGUCAUGAUCGAAGAGAAACCAACAAGCAGUGGUACAAAGCAGAACAUCGCACAGAGUGAACAACGCACCACAAUGGCAAAAUUCGAUAUGGAACCUUUUAACAAAGGGCUCAUGCAAUGGGCCCGCUGGGUGAAACGCUUCGAAGGAGCAAUGUCGGUAUUUGAGGUUAAAUCGAAUAAUAAAAAAGCCAUGCUUCUGCAUUACAUGGGUGUUGAUUCAUACAAUUUAUUGUGUGAUCAUAUUUCUCCGGAAGAACCAGAAGACAAAACAUACGAACAAAUAGUGAAGUGUUUGGAUGAGCUGUUCGACCCGAAACCCCUCGAAAUGGUGGAACUAUGGAAGUUUCGUCAACGACUUCAGACUGAAGGCGAAACUGUAACGGAGUUCAUCACGGCUUUGCAAAAAGUGGCGGCUAAUUGUGAUUUCGGGCAAUAUUUGACAAAGGCGCUCAGGAACCAGCUAGUUUUUGGUGUACGGAAUCCAAGAAUACGCAACCGGCUGAUUGAAGAAAGAAAUCUAACACUGGAAAAAGCUAAGCAAAUUGCUUUAGCCAUGGAAGCCGCCGGAGAUGGCGCUGAAGUGCUGAAUAGCAGAAGUGCUGAAGUGCUGAAUAGCAGAGGUGCUGAAGUGAAAGAAGUAAACAUCGUGAGCAACAAAACGAAGAAAAACGUCGAGUGUUAUAGAUGUGGAGAAUCACAUUUUGCAUAUGUAUGCAAGCACAAAAGAACCGUCUGCAAAAAGUGCGGGAAAAUUGGACAUUUGCAGCGCGUCUGUCGCACGAACAAUAGAAGCAAAAGUGUGAGGUUAAUUGACGAACAACAUCAAGACAGCGAGGAGAACGAAGAGAUUGCAUAGAAUACUGUGGAUACAGGAUCGACAAGUACGGUAUUCACAAAAUGAAGGAGAAAAUUACUGCCAUUCAACUAAUGCCAAAACCAAGGAACAAAGAUGAGGUAAGAGCUUUUGUAGGCCUUGUGAAUUAUUACGCGAGAUUUAUCCCAAAUUUAAGUGAAAAGAUCUAUCCCAUAAAUAAUUUACUUAAAAACGAAAUUCCUUUCGAAUGGCAUGAAGGUUGCCAGGACGCAUUU